AUGGCGAAACUUAAGGAGGAGCUCUUGAAUAUUCUUGAAAACUUAAAAGAUGAUGACUUCAAGAAUUUCAAGUGGUUCCUGGAGCAGGAAAACAUCCUGGAGGGCUUUAAAGGCAUCCCAGUGGUUCAGCUGGAGAAUGCAGCAAGGCGGGACACAGUGGAUCUGAUGGUUCAGAAAUAUCAGGAUCAUGGAGCUCUGCAGCUAACCAAGAAGGUUUUAGAAAAGAUUGGCAGGAAUGAUCUGGUGCAGAGUUUACACAACUCCCAACCAGAGCCAAAAGGAUUUCAGGAUUCAGAAAUACACAAGAUCACUCUGAUAAGGAAAAGUCAACAUGUGAAUGAUGGAACUGAAGAAUUAGAAAUUAGACCCCUCCUCAACAGUAGUUACACUAAGGUCUACAUCACGGAAAAAAAUUGUGAAGAGGUUAAUGCUCAACAUGAAGUGAGGCAGCUCGAGAUAGCCUCCAAGAUGGAGACACUCCAUGACACUUGUAUCAACUGCCAUGACAUUUUCAAAGCCUUACCUGACCAACAGAAAUACAUCAGAGCUGUUAUGAUGAGCGGCGUCGCUGGCGUUGGAAAAUCCUUCUCAGUGCAGAAGUUUAUUCUGGACUGGGCAGAGGGCUCCAAAAACCAAGAUAUCAGUCUGCUGAUUCCACUUCCAUUCAGGGAGCUGAACAUGAUCAGAGAUGAGCCACACAGUCUGCUCACACUGAUCCGUCGUUUCUAUCCAACAUUACAGAACAUCACAGCAGAGAUGCUCAAAUCUAAAGACUUUAAAGUUUUGUUCAUCUUUGACGGCCUGGAUGAAAGCAGACUGUCACUGGAUUUCAACGACAGGAAGGAGGUCAUGUCUGAUGUCACACAGAAGUCGUCAGUCAGCGUGCUGCUGAGAAACCUCAUCGAGGGGAAUCUGCUUCCCUUGGCUCUCGUCUGGAUCACUUCCCGACCUGCAGCAACCAAUCAGAUCCCUCGUACAUGUUUUGACAGGAUAACAGAAGUACGAGGCUUCACUGAUGCCCAGAAGGAGGAGUACUUCAGGAAGAGAUUCAGUGAUGAAGAGCUGUCCAGCAGAAUCAUCUCACACAUCAAGACAUCCAGGAGCUUCCACACCAUGUGUACCAUCCCAGUCUUCUGCUGGAUCAUUGCUAGAGUUUUGAAGCUCAUGUUGACUCCAGACCAGAGAGGAGAGCUGCCCAAGACCCUGACUGACCUGUACUCACACUUCCUGGUGGUUCAGACAAAGAGGAAGAAGAACAAGUAUCUUGAGGGACAUGAGAAAAGUCUGCUGAAGCUGACAGAAGCUGACGGUGAAGUUCUUCUGAAGCUAGGGAGGCUGGCGUUUGAACAUCUGGAGAAAGGAAACAUCAUGUUCUACCAAAAAGACCUGGAGCAGUGUGGUCUUCAUGUCACAGAGGCCGCGGUGUUGUCAGGAUUUUUUACAGAGAUCUUCAAAGCAGAGAGUGUGAUCUUUGAGGAAAAAGUCUACAGCUUUGUUCAUCUGAGCAUACAGGAGUUUCUGGCUGCAGUCUACAUGUACCACUGUUACACCAACAACAAAACAGAGGUACUGAAGUCCUUCCUGGGAGAAGACUACAAUAACUUAUCCGUGGAUGAAUUCCUGAAGAGAGCCAUGAAGAAAUCUUUCCAAAGUGAAAAUGGCCACCUGGACCUGUUUGUUCGCUUCCUUCAUGGCCUCUCUCUGGAGUCCAACCAGAGUCUCUUAGGAGGCCUGAUGGGUGAGACAGAGAACAGUCCAGAAACCAUCCAGAGAGUCAUCAAGAACCUGAAGGAGAUGAACAUUUGGGAUACCUCUCCUGACAGAAGCAUCAACAUCUUCCACUGUCUGAUGGAGAUGAACGACUGCUCGGUACUUCAGGAAAUCCAAGAGUUCCUGAAGUCAGAGAACAGAUCAGAGAAGAAACUCUCUGUGAUCCAGUGCUCAGCUCUGGCCGACAUGCUGCAGAUGUCAGAGGAGGUUCUGGAUGAAUUGGACCUCAACAAGUACAACACAUCAGUGGAGGGACGAUGGAGACUGAUCCCAGCUGUGAGGAACUGCAGAAAGGCUCGACUUUCUGGCUGUAGACUCUCAAUGACUCACUUUGAAGUUUUGGCCUCAGCUAUGAAAUCCAACCCUCAUCUGACAGAUCUGGACCUGAGUGGAAACAAGCUGUAUGAUUCAGAAGUUAAGCUUCUGUCUGCUGGACUGAAGACUCCAGACUGUAGACUGAAGACUCUGAGAUUGAGGGGCUGCGGUUUGUCAGAGAUCAGCUGUGCUUCUCUGGUCUCAGCUCUGAAGUCCAACCCCUCCCAUCUGACAGAGCUGGAUCUGAGUGGAAACGAGCUUCAAGAUUCAGGACUGAAGCCGCUGUUUGAUUUUCUGAAGAGUCCAGACUGUAGACUGAAGACUCUGAGAUUGUUUCGCUGCUGGUUGUCAGAGAUCAGCUGUGCUUCUCUGGUCUCAGCUCUGAAGUCCAACCCCUCCCAUUUGACAGAACUGGAUCUGAGUCACAACAAGCUUCAGAACUCAGGACUGAAGCUGCUGUGUGAUUUUUUGAAGAGGCCACACUGUAGGCUGAAGUCUCUGAGAUUGAGGUGCUGCAGUUUGUCAGAGAUCAGCUGUGCUUCUCUGGUCUCAGCUCUGAAGUCCAACCCCUUCCAGCUGACAGAGCUGGAUCUGAGUAGAAAUGAGCUUCAGCACUCAGGACUGAAGCAGCUGUGUGAUUUUCUGAAGAGUCCAGACUGUAAACUGGAGACUCUGAGAUUGUUUCGCUGCAGUUUGUCAGAGAUCAGCUGUGCUUCUCUGGUCUCAGCUCUGAAGUCCAACCCCUCCCAUCUGACAGAGCUGGAUCUGAGUCACAACAAGCUUCAGGACUCAGGACUGAAGCAGCUGUGUGAUUUUUUGAAGAGGCCACACUGUACACUGAAGUCUCUGAGAUUGAGGUGCUGCAGUUUGUCAGAGAUCAGCUGUGCUUCUCUGGUCUCAGCUCUGAAGUCCAACCCCUCCCAUCUGACAGAGCUGGAUCUGAGUGACAACGAGCUUCGGCACUCAGGAGUGGAACUUCUGUGUGAUUUUCUGAAGAGGCCAGACUGUAGACUGAAGACUCUGAGAUUGAGUUGUUGCGGUUUGUCAGAGAUCAGCUGUGCUUCUCUGGCCUCAGCUCUGAAGUCCAACCCCUCCCAUCUGACAGAGCUGGAUCUGAGUUUCAACAACCUUCAGGAUUCAGGACUGAAGUUACUGUGUGAUUUUCUGAAGAGUCCAGACUGUAGACUGAAGACUCUGGGAUUGAUUGACUGCAGUUUGUCAGAGAUCAGCUGUGCUUCUCUGGUCUCAGCUCUCAAGUUCAACCCCUCCCAUCUGACAGAGCUGGAUCUGAGAUGGAACAAGCUGAAGGAUUCAGACCUGAAGCUCCUGUGUGAACUAAAGGAGAGUCCAGACUGUAGACUGGAGACUCUGAGCUGUGAGAGGAGAAUGGUGACAGAGAGAGAGAACAGUCAGCCAAUCAGAUGAGCCAGAAGUUGUUGUGAUCAUGUGUUUGAGUUGAUGUGA